AUGGAAAAGUGGCUUUAUUGUGCAAGUCAACUCAGUCAAUGGGAUGCUUUAGUCGUCUUUGGGAAACUUGUUGAUAAUUAUGAGAUUCGAUUGGACAGUCUUUGGAAACAGCCGGAUUGGGCAUAUUUGAAAGAUGUUAUUUUGAAGGCUCAAGUAGAUGAAACUCCGAAGUUCCGUAUUAUUCAAGCCUACUUUGCCCUUCAUGAAAAAAAUACUAACGGCGUGGCAGAAGCUGAAAACAUUGUGGGAAAAGGUGUAGAUCUUGCUUUGGAACAAUGGUGGCAAUUGCCUGAGAUGUCUGUUCAUGCAAGGAUUCCUCUUCUACAGCAAUUCCAACUGGUUGAAGUUCAAGAAUCAGCCAGAAUAAUAGUGGACAUUGCCAACGGAAACAAAGUUGCAGGAAGUUCUGUUGUUGGUGUACAUGGUAGCCUAUACGCAGAUCUCAAGGACAUUCUUGAGACGUGGAGACUUCGCACCCCUAAUGAAUGGGAUGGUUUAACUGUUUGGUAUGAUUUGCUCCAGUGGAGAAAUGAAAUGUACAAUGGAGUAAUUGAUGCAUUUAGGGAAUUUAGUACCACAAAUCCACAACUUCAUCACCUUGGCUACCGUGACAAGGCAUGGAAUGUCAAUAAACUUGCCCAUAUUGCUCGUAAGCAGGGCCUGAAUGAUGUUUGUGUCUCGAUAUUGGAAAAGAUGUAUGGACAUUCAACCAUGGAAGUUCAGGAAGCCUUUGUCAAAAUAAGAGAACAAGCAAAGGCGUAUCUUGAAAUGAGGGGGGGGGGGAGCUUACCAGUGGCCGUAAUCUGAUCAGCAGUACAAAUCUGGAAUAUUUUCCUGUGAAGCAUAAGGCAGAAAUUUUCCGCCUCAAGGGUGAUUUCUUAUUGAAGAUGAAUGAUUGCGAGGGUGCUAACCUGGCAUAAUCUAAUGCCAUCAGCCUCUUCAAAAACUUGCCUAAAGGAUGGAUUAGCUAGGGGAAUUAUUGUGACAUGGCUUAUAAAGAGACCCAUGAGGAGAUUUGGUUAGAGUAUGCUGUGAGCUGUUUUCUUCAAGGUGUCAAAUUUGGCAUUCCUAAUGCCAGAAGCCAUUUAGCCCAUGUUUUAUAUCUUUUAAGUUUUGAUACUCCUGGUGGCCUUGUG